CCCAAAGAACAGUGAAGCUCUGCUGUCUUCAAACCUUUAACAUGGCUACACUGACUACUACUGAGUUAGUACUUGGCUUCCUUCACUUUCCCAUCUAACCCAUUAUUCACUGCAUCUUGGGUGCAGAAAUUCAUAUCCCUCUUCUUCUCUCGGUGGAUAGAGAGAUCCAAUGCUUGCAGGUGCAGGAUAUGUCUUGCUCCUGAUUCUGUGUUUGGUUUCCUUUAGCUCAGGAGGUGACCCAUUUGUGUUCUUUGAUUGGACUGUCUCCUACCUCAAAGCCUUCCCACUUGGAGUUAAACAGCAGGUUAUUGGGAUAAACGGACAGUUUCCAGGACCAGUUCUAAAUGUGACUACCAACUGGAAUGUUGUUGUCAAUGUGAAGAACGACCUUGAUGAGCCAUUACUUAUCACAUGGAAUGGCAUUCAACACAGGAAGAAUUCUUGGCAGGAUGGAGUUUUAGGAACCAAUUGCCCAAUUCCUGCUGGUUGGAAUUGGACAUAUGAGUUCCAAGUAAAAGAUCAGAUAGGGAGCUUCUUCUAUUUCCCUACUCUAAGUUUCCAGAGAGCUGCUGGUGGAUAUGGGGGAAUCAUUGUAAACAACAGGGAGGUUAUUCCACUACCAUUUAAUGUGCCUGAUGGAGAUAUUACCAUUUUUAUUAGCGACUGGUAUACUAGGAGUCAUAAGGUCAGUUUGAAUAAUGUCAAGGAACUUAGGGAAGAUAUUGAAGAUGGAAAAGACAUUGGAGUUCCUGAUGGCAUUCUCAUUAAUGGAUUUGGUCCUUAUGGCUAUGAACAAGCACUGGUUCCUAAGGGCAUUACUUACCAGAUAAUAAAUGUUGAACCUGGAAAAACAUAUCGCCUCCGGGUGCACAAUGUUGGUAUCUCAACCAGCUUGAAUUUCAGAAUACAGAAUCAUAACUUACUUCUUGUGGAGACUGAAGGAUCAUACACUGUCCAGCAGAACUACUCAAAUAUGGAUAUCCAUGUGGGUCAGUCAUACUCAUUCUUGGUUACAAUGGAUCAAAAUGCAAGCAGUGAUUAUUACAUUGUUGCCAGUCCUAGAUUUGUCAAUUCAUCUGCUCGGGCUAAAGCUUCUGGAGUUGCUAUCUUGCACUAUUCCAAUUCUCAAGGGCCUGCCGCGGGUCCCCUUCCUGAUCUUCCUGAUGAAUAUGACGCAUACUUUUCAAUGAAUCAAGCAAGAUCCAUAAGAUGGAAUGUCUCUGCUGGUGCUGCCCGUCCAAAUCCACAGGGAUCUUUCAGAUAUGGUGACAUUACUGUGACAGAGGUAUAUGUGCUGCUUAAUAGGCCUGCUGUGCUUAUAAAUGGGAAGUUGCGAACUACCCUUAAUGGUAUUUCAUACUUACCUCCUUCUACACCACUAAAGCUUGCCCAGCAGUACAAGAUUCCUGGUGUCUACAAGCUUGAUUUCCCAAAUAAACUAAUGGGCAGGCCUCCCAAAGUUGAUACAUCCCUAAUCAAUGGUACUUUCAAAGGUUUUGUGGAGAUCAUUUUUCAGAACAAUGACACCACUGUUCAAAGUUUUCAUAUGGAUGGCUAUGCGUUCUUUGUUGUUGGUAUGGAUUUUGGGGUGUGGACUGAGAAUAGCAGAGGCAUAUACAACAAAUGGGACGGUGUAGCCCGUUGCACUACACAGGUCUUUCCUGGAGCAUGGACGGCCAUUCUAGUGUUUCUUGACAAUGCUGGCAUUUGGAAUCUUCGUGCAGAGAAUCUCGAUACAUGGUAUAUGGGACAAGAAGUUUAUGUGAGUGUUGUAAAUCCAGAGGUUGACACAUCAGAGAAUCAUUUGCCUGAAAAUGCCAUAUACUGUGGCCUUCUUUCCUCCUUGCAGCAUGACCAAGCUCAAAGAGUCCACUUUUCCGAUGCCCCAGCAGUUUCGAACACGAGGACACCAAUUCUGAUCGCAAUUCUCAUUACUUUAUUUGUGGCUUUGAUGCGGCAGCCAUGGUAGAAAUGCUACAAGGCAUGAUAAUCUGGAUCAUUGAAGCAAGAAUAUGUGCCCGUCUCUUCAAGGUAACAAGUAUAAAAAGUUGUUGUAUGGGCCCAGAUAGUCAUUCCCAAAGGGAAUGAACACAUCAGCCAUCAAUUAGCACAUACUGCAUUUGUAAGAAAGCUUGAAAGCUUGUAUGAAUUGUAUCAUUCUGAAUUCGCAUGUGUAAUCAUCAUGUAAUAUCUAUGUAGUUACAAAUAGUUAUCACUUUAGGUGAGUUAAUUGGGUGUAUGACUAUAUAUGAGAAAAAGUUACACGUUGAGUGAUCGAAUUUUCAAACAUUCCAAUUUGAAAAUUCUAACUUAAAAUUUGUUCAAAUAUGUGGAAUAUUUCUA